GGAGUUCCCAGUUUUAUCCCUACGCCAACCGAUCCUUCUACUGUACAAAAUGCGGCGCCUCGUCCCGAUCAAAUUAAAGCUAUGAUUGCACAAAAACGAGCUCAAUUAGAGGCUAUGGCCGCAAAUUUUAAACCAACCCAGCCAAAGACUACAUUGCCCAUACAACCUCCGGUAGUUUCAAAUCUUCCUUUUCAACCUAGCUUGGUUGCGUCAGGAAUUGAUCCUGAUCUUAAACGCAAAAUUCAAGAAGCUAAAGAGAAAAUCAAAGUGAACUUGGCCAAAGCCAACCCUUAUUUGCCAUCAACCAAUCCAUUAUUAAAAUUGGGGGAUGAUUCUAUAAAGGCAAAGGGAGGACUCAAAGUGGAGUCACACCCUGCACUUCUUUUAGAUCAAAGUGGAAAGCUAGAUUUGAAACGAGCUGCAGCGUUGAUGCCUAAGCCUAACUUUGCUACUGUGAAGGCGCUGACUCCUUCUGAAGAAUUGGAUGAUAUUACACAGAAUCCUUAUUUCGAUCCGAGAGCUGGUGUGGCCGCACCUCAAAGACGAACCCGUAAAAAGUUUAAAUUUGUUCAGAGGGGCAAAUAUGAAGCGCUAGGAAAUCAAAUGAGAGCACAGGCCAAAUUGGAAAAGUUGAAAGAAGAAAUUGCUGAAAGUGUCAAGAAGGCUGGGAUGGAAGCAGAAAUAGACUCAACUGAUAAAGCAAUUAAGAGAGAUCCACCGCCUGUGAUAGAAUGGUGGGAUUUACCUUUCUUGUUAAAUAAAUCUUACGAUGAUAUUGAUGCUGGUUUAACCAAAAUCGAUGAUGAAGAUUCUCUUGCUACCUGGUUUGUUCAACAUCCAGUACCAAUCAGGCCUCCAGGAGACAAUGGCCCUCCACCGCCAAAACCGUUGAUUUUGACUAAAAGGGAGCAAAAGAAGUUGCGUAAACAACGGCGGUUAGAGUUGCAAAAAGAAAAACAAGACAAAAUUCGCUUGGGACUAUUGCCUCCUGAUUUGCCUAAAGAUCCGACAAAAAUUGAGGCUCAAGUCCGUAAAGAAAUGCAAAAGCGACAAGAAACUCAUCAGAAAGCAAAUGAAGAGCUUGACAUGAAUGCUCAACAGCUUGGGCUUUCAGGCACAGUCAUAAUCAAUCCUAAUUUUACUGUAGUGAUUGUUGAAGGGGGGCCUAAAGCUAUUAAAUAUUAUAAGAAAUUGAUGUUGCGACGUAUUGACUGGUCUGAUACUACACGAAUAGGAGAAGGCACCAGUGAACAACCUGUUGACGAAUCUAUGGAACCUCCUAAGGAAAAUAAAUGCUCCCUGAUUUGGGAAGGAGAACAUUAUUGGGAUUUGGCGUGCAAAUAUGUUGAUGAUGGAUUUGAGAAUCCUGCUAUCGUGG